AUGCAACUCUGGAUGUUUAUUUUCAGUAUCAAGUCGAUUAGACACCUUUCUUCCACGGUGCAAGUAAGGAAUGAGGUGUUUCGCCAAUUCUUCGACGAUGAGGAAAAUUUCGGGAAAUCUGAGCUGCGGCCUAAGAAACGACCUGGGAGGUCGUGGUCUGAGGACGAAUUGCGACUAAAGAGCAACUCCGAUCUGCACAAGCUCUGGUACGUUUGUCUGAAGGAGCGCAAUAUGCUGCUCACUAUGGAGACUGCUUACGUUUCCAAUGCACGUGCUAUGCCUAAUCCAGAGCGCAUUGAUCGAGUUAACGAGACAAUGCGCAACAUCGAAAGUGUAGUCCACGAACGGAAUGAGGCGUACUACCGUCUCGAGACCGGUGAUGGAGCGAGCCCUCCUAUGCGCACCAUCACUUCGUUUAUGGGUUUCACAUUCAAAAAACCUGCUGAAGAGCAUUUGGAACCGCCUAGAGAAGGUCUAAAGGAAUACGAAGUUCCGUACCUUGAUGACGACGCGUAUAUGAUGCAAAAGCUAUGGGCUGAGAAAGAAUUCAUGAAGGAGAGAGACAGGAAAGAUAUUGAAGCUCACAGGGAAAUCGUUACGGAAGAGAUGAGGAGGUACAGAAAGGGUGGUCCAAGAGUCUUUAACAGAAUUGAGUAG